UCCGACAGCCAAUGAAAGCCUCACGAGUCACAUGAAAAGUCACGCGGAAAGGCGGAAGUGCAGCUCAGCUCCGACAAACUGUCAAAACAGCAGCAGCAGAAGAAGAAUGACGGCUGCGGGUCUGACUGCGGGUCUGACUGCGGGUCUGGAGCGGAUCCCGGACCAGCUCGGCUACCUGGUCAUCAGUGAGGACGGGGUUCUGGCCUCUGCAGGUGAGCUGGAGAACGAUGAACACACAGCAGGUGUGAUGAUGCAGAUGGUUCGAACAGCGAGUCGCUUCAGGUUACCUGGAUCAGCUGAUCCGCCCUUCAAACGCAUGUCAGUGAUUCUGGAGGAUUUCGUUUACAUGGUGACGGUUUCUGGACAGAAAGUCUUUGUGGUCAAACGACAGAACAACCAACAGGAGCCAAUCAGUGUUUAGACACGGACAGAGGAAGUGAGGUGGAGGUCAGGUGGUCUGAUGAGCAGCAGCGAUGAUGAUCAUGAUGAAGGUCAGAGGUCAACAGGUGUUUGUCCAGCAGAGACGCAGCUGAAGUUCAACUCUUGUAUUUGAUUUACAGAAAGUGUUUGUAUCAUGUUUGAUUUUUGUAUUUAACCUGCCGGAGUGAAAUAAAAUCAUUUAAAUCA